AACAAGAACAACCCCAACAGACCACUCUCACAACUUCCUCCUUCAGCACACAGUCAAGAACAAACCAACUCAACUUUUCGUACCACGAACUCACACAAGUCACUACAUAACCAUCGCCAUCAUGUCUAACUACUCCUCCUCCGACAAGACUCCCGCCAACAAUGCCGCCUCCCCUUCAGAGACCCUCUACAACAACAAAAACCCCAUUCGCUUCGCCCCCCGCGGCACUCAAAACUCCAUCAACGACGGCAUCGUCGUUCUUGACCCGCGCCCCGUCCAGCAGUGGCAGCUGGACGCGGCCUCAGCCCGGGCAGAGGGCACCGCCAACAACCUAGAGACUCGCCUCGACAGCACGACUACUGCUCAGCUUGAACUCAACAGCGAGAUCGCGCUCCUCCGUUACGAGGUAGACGGUAUGUUUGACUUGCAGAAGAAGGACUUGGAGAAGGCACGACGGUUUCGUAAUCGUGCCUUGUUCUUCUGUGUUUUGUCCGGGUGUCUCUGGUUUUUGGUCUGUCAGCGUGAUGUCAAGGAGUGUUGAGCUUUUCGAUUUGGAUUACAACGACCUUUUCUAAGGCUUGCGGCGGUAAAGGGAGGAAGGACUGGAGAGCACAUGGGAUGAAGGGAUCGGAAGAUGUGGUAGGUCUAGAUGGGCAUGAAUGGAUGGGACGGAUAUUGCUUGAGCCGCUGCAUUUGAGCCUUUCAGUUUGUUUGAGAUUGGGAAUCACAGACGGUUGGGUAUUCAGAUUGCAUAAAUAUAUCCUGGGUUGUGAUAAUCUUUACAGUUCAUCUUGUUCUAAC